AUAGCCGCGGCCCGGCCGCGAGGGCGCUGGGCGACGGCGACAUGGCGGCGUUGCUGCUCGUGCUGGGCUUCGCGCUGCUGGGCGGCCAGGGCGCGUCGGCGGCUGCGGGCAUCGUGGUGACCUCUGCACAGAACAAGAGCUCUGUGAUGCAGCUUAGCUGCACCUUGAACAACAGCACCACCAGCAUCACUGGACACCAAUGGAUGAAGGGUGGGAAGAUACUCAAGGAGGACACACUGCCUCACCUGCACACAGAAUACACGGUGGACUCAGAGGAGGGCUUCGGGAAGUACUCCUGCAUCUUCCUCCCAGAACUCGCAGGCAGGGGCGAGAUCACAGUGAGCGGACCCCCCAAGAUUAAGGCUGUGAAGAAGUCAGAACACGCCAAUGAGGGGGAGACCAUCACACUGGUCUGCAAGUCAGAUUCCUACCCUCCCGUCUCUGAGUGGGUCUGGUUCAAGAUAUCUGAUUCCGGGAACCAGGCCAUCGCCAAUGGCUCCCAGAGCAAGUUCUUUGUGAGAUCCUCGGAUACCAAGUCGGAGCUGAGCAUCAGUGACCUGGACAUGGUGGCCGAUCCUGGUACCUACGUGUGCAAUGCCACUAACCCAGAGGGCAAUGCCCAGGCUGAGAUCAUGCUGCGGGUGCGCAGCCGCCUGGCUGCCCUCUGGCCCUUCUUGGGCAUUGUGGCUGAGGUCUUGGUGCUGGUCACCAUCAUCUUUAUCUAUGAGAAGCGGCGGAAGCCUGACCAGCCUCUGGACGAUGAUGACCCAGGCUCUGCACCACUGAAGAGCAGCGGGCAUCACAUGAAUGACAAGGACAAGAAUGUGCGCCAGAGGAAUGCCACCUGAGCAGGUGCAGCUGACACGGGAUGUCCUGACCCCCAGCCUGGCAUCCCAUCCCGCCCGUUGUGCAAAAUUCCAGAACCUCACCUCCAAAAACGCCCAGCCACCUGUAGUCUCCCCUAUGUACGAUUCUGGUUGAAACUAAACGAGGGUUUCUACAUAGAGAACUCCAGUCCAUAGGGGUUUCGUUUUCUUCUCUUCAAGCGUGUCCCCCGCAGCCUUUGGCCACUACUUGAGUAUGGAGGGUGGCCACAUGGGGCCUCCCCAACAAUCCAGCCUGGGGUGCCUGUCCUUGGCUUUAUCUGGCUACUCAAGUGCACACUUUCUACUUUUUCUGAAGGCCACAGGAGAGCCCAGCGAAGCUCUGACUUCUUGGUGGAGGGCCUCCCCAUCCACUUUCAGGGUGAUUCCUUCAUGCUUCCCUGUGCAGAACUGCUUGUGCCCACCAUGGGUAACAGCACUGGGUGCAUUGGGUCCCCCACCCCAACAAUAAAAACUGACCCCAACCCCA